AUGCUGCUGAUGGCGGGACGGGAACUGAACAUUGAUUUAAAUGUUAAGACCGUAGACUUGGCUACUGAUCAACACAUGACUCCGGAAUACCUAAAGAUGAAUCCAACGCAUACGGUGCCCACCAUUGAUGAUGAUGGAUUUAUACUAUGGGAGAGCCGGGCAAUUAUGCAAUACCUGUGCAACCAAUACGCGCCCGACAGCACUCUAUACCCGCCGGAGCCCAAGAAGAGGGCACUCGUCGACCGUUGGCUUAACUUUGAUAUGACUUUAAAUCAGACACAACGCGAGGCUCUGUUUCCGAAAAUGUUUAUGGGAGUGGAAGCGCCCGAAGACAAAGUGAAUGCGUUUAAAAACAAUCUGAAACUAAUGGAUACACAGGUGGGCGGCGACGGCAAGUAUUUGGUCGGCGAUAGCCUAACCAUCGCUGACCUGUCAGUGUUGGCCACCACUGUAUUCCUCAACAAAUUGCAAUAUUUGAAAGAUUACCCAAACAUUGAGCGAUGGUUCACAACAUUGAGCUCACAAUUGCCUUAUUUCGAGGAAAUCAAUGGUUUCGAUAUGAAGACAGACGUCGAGGAAUAUGUCGCUAAAAUUAAGGCCAAACGCGCGGCACAACAUCGGUUUAGCGGUCCGUCCCGUGCCGUACAUAUGACGGCCCGACAGCUCAACAUUGAUGUCAACGUUAAAUAUAUGGAUUUGAGUGAAGGCGAGCACAUGAAACCAGACUUUAUUAAGAUAAAUCCUGUCCAUACGGUUCCCACUAUCGUUGACAAUGGCUUUAUAUUAUGGGAGAGCAGAGCUAUAAUGCAAUAUCUAUGCAACCGAUACGCGCCCGACAGCACUCUCUACCCGAAAGAACCCAAAAAGAUGGCACUCGUCGAUCGAUCCCUUAAUUAUGAUAUGAAUUUGUCCACCACUUUGGGCGAUUUUACAAAAGUGUUCGUUGGGGUCGAGCCGUUGGAAGAGAAAGUGAAAGCAUUUAAAGACAUAUUAAAAGUAUUGGACGAAACAAUUGGUGACAACAAGUACUUAACGGGUAAUGAGCUGACCAUUGCUGACCUCUCACUACUCGCCGGCACUAUAUAUAUAGAAUGGGCUGAAUAUGACUUAAAAGAGUUCCCAAACUAUAACCGCUGGUACUCUAACCUGAAGACAGACAAAUUCAGUGUCCCGUCCCGUGCGGUACACAUGACUGCAAGACAUCUCGAUAUAGACGUUAACUUUAUUCAUAUCGAUUUGACGGUUAAACAACAAAUGGAGCCCUUUUUCAUCAAAUUAAACCCUAACCAUACGAUUCCCACAAUCAAUGACAAUGGCUUUGUCUUAUUGGAGAGCAGAGCAAUCAUGCAAUACCUGUGCAACCGAUACGCGCCCGACAGCACUCUCUACCCGAAAGAGCCCAAACAGAGGGCACUCGUCGACCGUUUCCUAAACUUUGACUUUGGUUUUAGUUUAUCUCAAAAACAAGGAUCUAAACUAUUCAAAGGUGUGGACGCAUCCGAUGACAAAGUGAAGGCUUAUGAAAACAAUCUGAAAAUUGUUGACCAAUUGAUCGGUGAUAAUAAAUACGUGACGGGAAAUAAGUUGACAAUCGGAGACCUCUCACUACUGGCGUCGGGAGUGUUCAUAGACCGUAUGAGUGGGCCCUCCCGAGCCGUACUCAUGACAGCCCGUCAUCUCAACCUCGACGCUAACCUCAAGCACAUGGAUCUGAGUGAAGGCGAUCAACUCAAACCUGAGUUUCUCAAAAUCAACCCUGCUCAUACUGUGCCCAGCAUUGAUGACAAUGGAUUUGGACUGUGGGAGAGUCGAGCCAUUAUGCAAUAUCUGGUCAAUCAAUACGCGCCCGACUCUACUCUUUACCCGAAAGACCCUAAAAAGCGAGCCCUUGUCGACCGAUCCCUCGACUUUGACCAGACCUUAACCAAUCAUAUCGGAGAAGUUUUGUUUUCAAAGACCAUGACUGGAGUGGAUCCGCCUCAAGACAAAGUGGAUAAAUUGACGACUAAUCUAAAACUAUUGGAUCAACUGAUUGGUGACAAACAAUACCUGACUGGAGAGCACCUGACAAUUGCGGACCUGUCACUGUUGGCGGUCACCACUUAUACCGAGUGGAGUCAAUUUGAUUUGAGUGAUUAUCCCAAUUAUAAGCGAUGGUAUAAUACACUGAAGAAUGAAUUGCCGUAUUUCCAAGACAUCAAUGGUAUCCCCAAAGAGGACAUCGAGGCUAUGAUCGAGAACCGUAUGAGUGGUCCCUCCAGAGCCGUAUUGAUGACUGUCCGUCAAUUGAACCUCGAUGUCAAUCUCAAACGCAUGCAUAUAAAUACCGGCGAUCAUUUGAAACCUGAGUAUAUCAAGAUGAACCCUGCUCAUAAAAUUCCGACCAUCAAUGAUAACGGGUUUGCACUUUGGGAGAGUCGAGCUAUAAUGCAAUAUCUGGUCAAUCAAUACGCGCCCGACUCUACUCUUUACCCGAAAGACCCUAAAACGCGAGCCCUUGUCGACCGAUCCCUCGAUUUUGAACAGAGUUUGUCCGACAUUUUCUACGAUAUUUUUACGGCUAAUAAUGUAAUGUCGGACGAGAAAGUGGAAAAGUUAAAAACUAAAUUAAAACUAUUGGAUCAACUAAUUGGUGACAAGCGUUACUUGACUGGAGAGCACCUGACGAUUGCCGAUCUGUCACUAUUGGCGGCCACCAGUUAUCCCGAUUGGAAUGACUUUGAUUUGAGUGAUUAUCCCAAUUAUAAGCGAUGGUAUAACACAUUGAAGAAUGAAUUGCCGUAUUAUCAGGAAAUCAAUGAUUUGAAAGAGGAGUGGAAAACUGCAAUCGCCAAUUACAAGGCUAAAGCCACCCAUUAA